GUGUUGGCGGAAGUGUGUGUGUGGCUGUGCAUUGUGGGGUUAGGCGUGUAUGUAUGUAUGUGUGGUGUGGAGCAGUCGGGGACUGGGGCAAGAGAUGUAGCCGAGAGUGUUUGCUACAGAGUCAGGAGUAGCGAGGUGGAAACAUGUUGCAACAGGAGUGUUGAACAGCUACUCGGCGUGGCAAGGGAGGAGAGACACAGAUUCAACACAAGAACGACAACAGGACUCUAUCCCACCCCAGCAGCUUUAUAACUCUGCCUUCACAUUUCAAAGGAAGCAAAAAAGGCGGAGAGAAGGCGAGAGAGAGAGAGAGAAUCUGUGUGUAACCAGAAAAACGCCAGACCAGGAAAUUAAUCUUUAGAGCCACCGCCAGCCGCGAAAGACUGUGAAAGGUUAAGUUCCACCGAAGCUGAACAUGAGUGAGACCAGUAUCUGCCAAGCCCGAGCCACUGUGAUGAUCUACGAUGAUGCCAACAAGAAGUGGGUCCCAGCGGGGACCGGGACCCAGGUCUUCAGCCGUGUCCACAUCUACCACAACCCCGGCAGCAACACCUUCCGUGUGGUGGGGCGCAAGAUUCAGCAGGACCAGCAGGUGGUGAUCAACUGCCCGAUUGCCAAGGGCCUGAAGUAUAACCAGGCCACACCGAGCUUCCACCAGUGGAGGGACAUGCGACAGGUGUGGGGACUGAACUUUGGCAGCAAGGAAGAUGCCAUGCUCUUCGCCAACGGAAUGCAACAUGCGCUGGAGGUACUCGAAGGUACAGCGAGCGCCGGCAACGCCACCAUGCGAGCCGUCAACAAUGGGCCCACCGCUGAGGAGCUGGAGCAGCAGCGCAGGCAACAGCUGGAACAGCAGCAGAAACAGGAACAGCUGGAGCGGGAACAACAGGAGCGACGCAAUGCAGCCGCUGCUCCACCCGCACCGACACCUCAUCUCCCCGUCCACUCACGUUUGUUCCUUCUCCCCCCCUGCAGGCGGAAAGUUACGGACAAACCGGCCCCAAAGAAGGAGGACGAGCCAAGCCAAGAUGCCAACUCAGCCACGAAAACCUCCACUCUCUCCAGCAGCGAAUCUAUGAAGAAACCCUGGGAGCGGAACUCUUCGACUCUGUCCAGAGGGAGUUCCUCGAUGAAGAACCCGGAGUCUCCGACCAGCCCGUCCAAUGUGUUUCAGCCUAGGGUGAAAGCUCCUCAGAGCGCCAAUGAGCUGAGCUCGGACGACAGCGAGGUGGAUCGGAUGAAGCAGGAGCUGCUGGAAGAAGUGAAGAAGGAAUUGCAGAAAGUGAAAGAUGAGAUUAUUGAAGCUGUGCGGGAAGAGAUGAGACGCCUGACCUCAUAGUAUUUCUCUCACUCGACCUCCCCCCCCCCUCUCCUCACGGACUCAAGUGACCAACAGCCAGCCAUGACUCCGUCUUGGCCGAGGAUCGCAAAGACUUUCAUUUUUAAUUUUUUGAAUAGAAAACCAAGAAGAAAAAAACCCAGAAAUAUUUGGAUGGGGAAAUGAUAAAAGCUGCUCUCGCCCAAUGAGUUUAAAUCUGUUUCAUUCCUUUUGAUUCUAUCUUUUAUUUUGGAGUUAUUAAUUAUCAGGCAAGGUAUGUUUUUUUUUUUAAUUUCCUUUCUAUUAAAAUAGUGGUGAAGGUUUAAUUGACUGUUCGUUAGUUUGCAGGCAACUUCCAUGCCUUAGAAUCCAAUAAAAUCGAAUUUUAUUUUAUUUUCCCAAUUUUUCUAAUGGGAAUGUUGUAGACAUACGUUCUGUGUACCUGCUGGUUGGGAUGGAGACGAGAUUCCUGGGAAUUCCAAGCCCUUUGGCAUUCAUCCCUCUGCUGAUCAGUGUUCUGAUGAAGGGGGAGACCUUCUGAUAUGAUUUCUGACUCUCUGCACAACUCAAGUGCUUAUGCGCUCCAAACUUGUAGCAUGGAGCCGUCCAUUCCAAGCCCUUCUUACAUUCCCUUCCAAGAGUCACGGGCAGAUUCCAAUGGGUUGAUGUGUGGAGUUUAUUCCCAGUGUCCACCUGAUCCAUGAUCCCAGGACCUCCAGGAUGGUUUGACCUCACGAAGGACCCACUGUGUCUUCAUGGUGAAGGUCAGGGUCACCCAGUUCCCUCGCCCCCUGAUCUUUGACCUCUGCUCCUCUACGGGUAAAUGGGCUUGAGGUGAGUGGAGGUGAAGGGGGAGGGGGGCUUCCCAUUUCGCGAACGUCCCGGUGGGCUGAAGUCCCAAUCUCUGCACCGUGUGUGGAAACGCAGCCGCAGAACGCGACACAUUUGCACGCUCUCCCCGUGACCUGCGCGGGUUUUCUCCGGGAGCUCCGGUUUCCUCCCACAUCCCGUGUUUGCCGGCUAAUCGGCCCUCUGUAAAAUUGCCCCCCUGGUGUGUAGGGUGGAUGAGAAAGUGGGAUAAGAUCGAAGGAGUGUGAACUGGCGGUCGAUGGUCACCAUAAACAUGGUGGGCCGAAGGGCCUGUUUCCGUGCUGUACCAAAUCCUACUGUGGCCAUUGGGGAUUAAUUUUAUUUUCAAAAGAACAGUAAUUAGGAAACUAUCAGAUGGUUUUGCUAAUGUCCUUUGGGGCAGGGAAAUGGCCAAUAUUGGUCCCACUGUGAUGUUCGAACUGUAAAAACCAUCACAGCUCAGGGCAACUGGAGAUGGCAAUAACUAUGCUGGCCCAUGCUUAUAUAUUGGCCCUUCUCACCUCCAGACAAAGGUUUGCCGUGCUUGUUAGGAAGCUGAGGAGGGGGCAGGACAGAGCAAGGUAUAGCAUGAUUCUGUUCAAGAAGGAACUGUGCAGAUGCUGGAAGAUCGAAGGUACACAAAAUUGCUGGAGAAACUCAGCGGGUGCAGCAGCAUCUAUGGAGCGAAGGAAAUAGGCGACGUUUCGGGCCGAAACCCUUCUUCAGACUGAUAGCAUGAAUCUGUCUGGAUGGCUCUUCCAAUGGGCCGAAUGGCCUCUUCACGGAGAUCCCAAGCACUGUCCCUUUUGCCGAGCAGGAGAGUUAUUAUCCUUGGGUAACGUCACCUAUCCAUGUUCUCCACAGAUGCUGCCUGACCCGCUGAGUUACUCCAGCACUCUGUGAAACGUCACCUAUCCAUGUUCUCCACAGAUGCUGCCUGACCUACUGAGUUACUCCAGCACUCUGUGUCCUUUUUAAUUGCCAUUGGGCUUGUGGGGGGCUGCUCCCCACUGACCCCAUUUGACCCUGGUGCUCACAGUAUGGAGACCCCAAUCUUACAACCCAUGGCUGUGCGCCCCAACAUUCCCCUGAAUGACCAGUCAUGGAGAGAGAUGUGGCCCCAAUACCAAGCCCUCCUUGACCGGGCAUCUCCCGGUCAAACGAGCUCACAGCCGAUGAGUGGUCAGUGUAGUUUAUUGUCACAUGUACCGAGGUACAGUGAAAAGCUUCUGUUGCGUGCUAACCAGUCAGCAGAAAGACAAUACAUGAUUACAAUCGAGCCGUCCACAGUGUACAGAUGCAGGAUAAGGGAAGAUAGUUCACUGCUAGGUAAAGCCAGAAGAAAUGUUACUGUAUGAGUAGAGAUAUAAGAGUGUGGAGCGAUUGUAAGAUGCGAUUGUCGAUCUGGUUCAGUGGCCAGCGCGCAAGUGGUCACUGGGUUUGGCCCCAUCUUGGAGAUGUCCUUGGGAACCAAGGCAUUAACUUGAACAAUAGAAAGCCCCAUUACUCCCCCCCCCCCACAAUCAUCUUUCCCAUCUCACGUCUGUGGACCAUUGAAGGGGGAGGGGAAGGGGGGGAGGGGGGGAGACCCGCCAUUGUCCACCCUCCUCCAGCACAGGCGUGUAGGGGCCAGACCACCUCCUCAAAGUCAAACUGAAGCCUCUUUGUCCAACGGUCAGGAAACUCCUCCAACUCGCUGCCCAUCGGUCAAGGGGCUGAAACAUAUUCAGUUCCCUGUGCUGGGAGGACCGGACAUGUUGGGAGGACCAGACAUGUUGGGAGGACCAAACUUGCUGGGAGGACCGGACUUACUGGGAGGACCAGACAUGUUGGGAGGACCAAACUAGCUGGGAGGACCGGACUUGUUGGGAGGACCAAACUUGCUGGGAGGACCGGACUUGUUGGGAGGACCAAACUUGCUGGGAGGACCGGACUUGUUGGGAGGACCAGACAUGUUGGGAGGACCAAACUUGCUGGGAGGACCAGACUUGCCGGGAGGACCAGACAUGUUGGGAGGACCAGACUUGGAGUCUAGCAUGUUGGGCCAUGUCAGGUGGGCAGAUGCGGGGUGUAUCAGCUGAUCAGGGUGGGAUUGGGAGGAAUGUUAGUUCACGUUGUACGUCUGUGUGAUCGCCCACUGGCACUGGCAACACCCUGUAGGUUGACCAGUUUAUUGGCUUGCGUUUUUUACAUUAUUUUAUAUAAAGUGUAAACACUGGAUGCCUUUAUAUUAAAAUAUAACUGCUUUUGGUUUUGAUUCU